AUGUCCCUGCCUCUCCUCGACGCACGCUCGCGCGUCCACGGUCCUCGCAAGAUCGCGAGGACCGACCCCGGCCCCGGAGACGCAGCCGAGGUUACGCGUCGCGCCGAAAAUGAUUCCGCACUGCCGACAGCUGCGGAACUAUUCGUGCCGUCCCUCCCUGGCGUGCCGAAUAUGGCGGACCAUCCGACACAUCCACUCAACCUGUACGCGGGCGAGCUGCCGUCGUAUCCUGGCGAGAACGCGGGCGGUGGCGAGGGGCCAACAGGCAAGGAUGCGCGCAUCUUCUUCAUGAUGGCCAAGGCGCGGCGGAACGCGGGCAAGCAGCGUGUCAUCUUCUGGUUUAACGGCGGACCCGGCUGCUCCUCGUUCGACGGCUCGCUCAUGGAGGUCGGUCCGUUCCGUACCGUCCCUUCAACCCAAACCGAGAGCGGGCAGACCGAGAUCAAGCUCGUCGAGGGCGGGUGGGAGGAGUAUGCAACGAUGGUGUUCAUCGACCAGCCGCCUGGGACUGGUUUCUCGUACGUGCCGACGGACGGGUACCUGCACGAGCUCGACGAGGCGAGCGCACACCUGGUCCACUUUAUGGGCAACUUUUACAAGGUCUUCCCCGAGCUCGCGGGGCAAGAGACGUACCUUGCCGGCGAGAGUUUCGCAGGGCAGUACAUACCAUAUUUUGCCGAUGCGCUCCUUAAAACGAAAGAGCUUCCUCAGCUCGACCUCAAGGGCAUCGCGAUCGGCAACGGCUGGAUCGACCCACUGCGACAGUACCCCGCGUACCAGGAGUUUGCGUACAAGAAAGAGCUCAUCGUGAAGGGCUCAGCAGCUGGUAAAGCGCUCGACGAGGCGAUGGAGAAGUGUAACAAGACGCUGGCCGAGUUCACCGACCCACUCAAGACGCCAAUCAACAUUGCCGUGUGCGAAAAAGUCAUGAACAAGGUCACAGAUCCGUUCGUGAAGGAAUUGAACGGCCAGAAGGUCUGCAUGAACAUUUACGAUGUGCGCAAGACGGACGAUUUCCCGCAGUGCGGGAUGGGAUGGCCACCUGACCUGUCGGACGUGUACAAGUUCUUGCGCCGCCCAGACGUCGUGACCGCAUUGCACGCGACGAUGCACGAGACCGCAUGGGUCGAAUGUGACGGACGCGUGGGCGGUGAGCUGCGCAACCACCGCAGCCCCGCAUCAGUGCACCUUAUUCCCGGUCUCCUAGAGGCGGGACUCAAGGUGCUGAUGUUUGCUGGCGUCGAGGACCUGAUCUGCAACAACGUUGGUAUCGAGAACACGAUCGACGCCAUGACCUGGUCGGGUGGCACAGGGUUCGGGAACGCAACUGCUCUGCCAUGGAGGGUGAACGGAACACAUGCCGGCGAGUGGACCGAGGUGCGCAACUUGACGUACGCUCGGGUGGCUGAGGCGAGCCACAUGGUGGGCUUUGACGUGCCACACGUCACCAACGACAUGAUCAUGCGCUUCAUGGACGUCGACAUCAACCUCCUCCCGGGCAUGACUGGAGGUUGGAGCUCCGAGGUGGGAGACCACGAGCGGCCAGCGGUCCGCUUCGGCGCGGUUAAAGAGGACUCUGGGUUGCCAUUGCUCAAAGGCGGCACCGGCGACUGGGAGGCAUGGUACAACGCCGUCUCAGCCGUCGUCAUCCUGUGCAUCCUCGGUGGUAUCGUGGGCUGCUACCUCUACUUCCGCCGUCGCCGGCUACGCCGCCAAGGCCGUGUUGCGCUCGGUCUCCCGACACAGCGCGACUCGGAGGAGCGCGUACCACUCGCCGCUGCCGGGGAUUACGAGAUGCAGGACUCGUACCCGCCCCGCAGGGAUAAGGGCAAGGGGCGAGCUAUGAUCCGGGACAGCGAGGAGAGUGAACGUGGGCAGAGCGUCUUUGCGCUUGGCGACGAGGACGAGGACAGCAAGGACCGAUCGCACGCGUAG